AUGAAGAGCGAGCGGGCGCGCAGGGGCACAGGCGGCUCCGGGGGCCUCGGCGCGGGACUCAAGUACACCUCGCGGCCGCAGAACAUGAAUGGCUUUGAGGAAGGCGUGGAGUUCCUGCCAGCCAACAACACCAGGAAGGUGGAGAAGGGAGGCCCGCGGCGGUGGGUGGUGCCGGCAGCCGUGCUGGCUGGCCUCUUGCUGCUGUCCCUCAUGGCGGGGCUCCUGGUGUGGCACUUUCAGUACCGGUCCGUGCGUGUCCAGAAGGUCUUCAAUGGCUACCUGAGGAUCACGAACGAGAACUUCGUGGAUGCCUACGAGAACUCCAGCUCCACUGAGUUUGCCAACCUGGCCAAGAAGGUGCAGGAAGCGCUGAAGCUCUUAUACGGCGGGAUCCCUGCCCUGGGCCCCUACUACAGGGGGUCAGCUGUGACCGCCUUCAGCGAGGGCAGCAUCAUCGCCUACUACUGGUCGGAGUUCAGCAUCCCCCAGUACCUGGUGCAGGAGGCCGAGCAGGCCAUGGCGCAGGAACACGUGGUCACGCUGCCGCCCCGAGCCCGCGCCGUGAGCUCCUUCGUGCUGACCUCAGUGGUGGCCUUCCCCACUGACCCCAGAACAGUACAGAGCACCCAGGACAACAGCUGCAGCUUUGCCCUGCACGCCCGUGGCAGCGAGCCGACCCGCUUCACCACGCCCGGCUUCCCCGACAGCCCCUACCCGUCUCACGCCCGCUGCCAGUGGACCCUGCGGGGGGACGCUGACUCCACACUGAGCCUCACCUUCCGCAGCUUCGAUGUCGCAACCUGUGACAAAAGUGGCAGUGACCUGGUCACUGUGUAUGACACCCUGAGCCCCGUGGAACCCCGGACUGUGGUGCAGCUGUGUGGCACAUACCCUCCCUCCUACAACCUGACCCUCCUCUCCUCCCAGAACGUCCUGCUCGUCACGCUGGUGACCAACACCGAGCGCCGACACCCCGGCUUCGAGGCCAUGGUCUUCCAGCUGCCUCGGAUGAGCAACUGUGGAGGCGACUUGCAUGCAGCCCAGGGCACAUUUAGCAGCCCCUACUAUCCAGGCCACUACCCGCCCAACAUCAACUGCACCUGGAACAUCGAGGUGCCCGGCAACCAAAACGUGAAGGUGCACUUCAAAGCCUUCUUCUUGCUGGAGCCCAACGUCCCCCUGGGCUCCUGCUCCAAGGACUACGUGGAGAUCAAUGGGGAGAGGUACUGUGGAGAGAGGCCCCAGUUUGUCGUGAGCAGCGGCAGCAGCAAGAUCACCGUCCACUUCCACUCGGACCAGUCCUACACGGACACCGGGUUCCUGGCCGAGUACCUGUCCUAUGACGCCAGUGACCCGUGCCCGGGCAGGUUCAUGUGUAACACAGGGCGGUGUAUCCAGGAGGAGCUGCGCUGUGACGGCUGGGCUGACUGCACCGACCACAGUGACGAGCUCCACUGCCAAUGCAACGCCACCUACCAGUUCACAUGCACGGACAAGCUCUGCAAGCCCCUCUUCUGGGUCUGUGACUCCGUGAAGGACUGCGAGGACGGCAGUGAUGAGCAGGGCUGCAGCUGCCCACCCGAGACCUUCAGGUGUAACAACGGGAAGUGCCUCCCGCAGAGCCAGCAGUGUGACGGGAAGGACACCUGUGGGGACGGGUCCGAUGAGGCCAUGUGCGACCACGUGAGCACCGUCACCUGCACCAAACACACCUACCGCUGCCUCGACGGGCUCUGUGUGAGCAAGGGCAACCCCGAGUGUGACGGGAAGGAGGACUGUAUCGACGGCUCGGAUGAGAAGGACUGUGACUGUGGGCUGCGGUCGUUCACCAGGCAGUCUCGGGUUGUCGGGGGUGAGAACGCGGACGAAGGUGAGUGGCCCUGGCAGGUGAGCCUCCACGCCCUGGGCCAGGGCCACGUGUGUGGGGCUUCCCUCAUCUCCCCCAGCUGGAUGGUGUCCGCCGCCCACUGCUUCGUCAACCACAGAGGAUUCAGGUACUCUGACCACAGCAUAUGGACCGCCUUCCUGGGCCUGCACGACCAGAGCAAGCGCAGCGCCCCCGGGGUGCAGGAGCGCCGGCUGCAGCGCGUCAUCUCCCACCCCUUCUUCAACGACUUCACCUUUGACUACGACAUCGCGCUGCUGCAGCUGGAGCAGCCAGCCGAGUACAGCGCUACCGUGCGGCCCAUCUGCCUGCCGGACGCCGCGCACACCUUCCCCACCGGCAAGGCCAUCUGGGUCACCGGCUGGGGCCACACGCAGGAGGGAGGCACGGGGGCGCUGAUCCUGCAGAAGGGCGAGAUCCGCGUCAUCAACCAGACCACGUGCGAGCGCCUGCUGCCGCAGCAGAUCACCGCGCGCAUGCUGUGCGUGGGCUACCUCAGCGGCGGCGUGGACGCCUGCCAGGGCGAUUCUGGGGGCCCGCUGUCCAGCCCGGAGGCCGAUGGGCGGAUGUUCCAGGCCGGCGUGGUGAGCUGGGGCGACGGCUGCGCGCAGAGGGACAAGCCAGGCGUGUACACGAGGCUCUCCGUGUUUCGGGACUGGAUUAAACAGCAGACCGGGGUGUAG